AUGGAUCAACAAGGACAAUCCUCAGCUAUGAACUAUGGCUCUAACCCAUACCAAGCCAACCCCAUGACCACUGCACCAGCCGGUCCAGACCAUGCGUCGUACCAUCAGAUCCACCAGCAACAACAGCAACAGCUCACUCAACAGCUCCAAUCUUUCUGGGAGACCCAAUUCAAAGAGAUUGAGAAAACCACCGAUUUCAAGAACCAUAGCCUUCCACUGGCUAGAAUCAAGAAGAUCAUGAAAGCAGACGAAGACGUGCGGAUGAUCUCGGCCGAGGCACCGGUUGUCUUUGCGAGGGCCUGUGAGAUGUUCAUUCUAGAGCUUACACUAAGGUCGUGGAACCACACUGAGGAGAACAAGAGGAGGACGCUGCAGAAGAACGAUAUUGCGGCUGCUGUGACUAGAACCGAUAUCUUUGAUUUCCUUGUUGAUAUUGUUCCUAGGGAGGAUCUCCGUGAUGAAGUCUUGGGGACGGUUGGUGCUGAAGCCGCCACAGCAGCUGGUUACCCGUAUGGAUACUUGCCUCCCGGAGCUGCUCCAAUUGGGAACUCGGGGAUGGUGAUGGGUAACCCGGGAGCAUAUCCGUCUAACCCGUAUAUGGGUCAACCAUUGUGGCAACAACAAGGACCUGACCAACAGGAUCCUGAUAAUUAG